AAGGAGGAUGGAGGGGCAGUGCCGCGUGAAGCACUGGGUGGAAAACAAGGUCUGAGGAAUAGCUUCUGCCACCAGAGCAAAACCCAGCAAAUCUUGUGCCAAGUCCCUGGGAAAGACCGAGGCAUCCUUGCUAAGCCUGCACUGCAUCGCGCGACGGCUUGGGGAUGGGACUACAACAUGUUAUUUUAUAUGGCUUUUCCCUCUCGGGCUCCUUAAUCCCUUCGGGAUACAAUUAAGGCACAAGUCUGAGGCCAAGGUAACUAUGGCAUCCAAACAUCAGCUGUCACCGGCACCGGGUACCAAUAAAAGGCAGGCCAGCCAAGAACCGGGGAGACUUUUUCAUGAGCAUCCUAAUCCGUUUGCCAUUUCUGCAGCACCGGUGCUUCCAGGCAGAGGACAUUGCAAGUGAGCAGAACAAGAGCCCAGGUUGCUGCCGCGUUAGCCAGCGCCCGCCCCAGGCCCUGCCGGCAUGGAUGAAUGGGACGUCCCACAGUGGAAGAAGGAAGUCGACAGCCUGAAAUACCAGCUGGCUUACAAGAGGGAGAUGGCGUCGAAGACAAUACCUGAGCUACUCAAGUGGAUAGAAGAAGGCAUCCCUAACGACCCAUUUCUGAACCCAGAGCUGAUGAAAAACAACCCGUGGGUGGAAAAGGGCAAAUGCACCAUCCUCUGAUGCAUCUCCAUCCAGGCCACCACCAACCUGCAACCACUGACAAAUGGCUUCCUACUGAGAUAUUCAAUCUUGCAUUAAUACUGAAUGUACAUUUUUUUUUUAUUAGCUUCCUAAUAUGACUAACUGAACUGACCCUAUCCUCACCUUGUCUUGUUAUCUUUAUUAGUAGAAGGGGCUCUUUUAUACCAGGUAACUGAGAAAGCACAAGCCGCCGAGGCACCGUGGUAAGAGACACACUGUUAGAGAGACGUGCGGAUUGGCAGUGUCACAACAGGAGACUCGAUAGCAAUAGCAAGCAAACAAAGCACCUCUCUUGACCCAUUAAACUUCCAUUGAACAACGCUGGCAUUUCUGUAAAAAGAAAACAAAGACCUGACACAGCCUUUUUGAACUUGUAAAGGAAAAGGAAAACAAAACAAAACAAAAAAAAAAGAUCUUUUAUAACAAAAUUUUCAAUGGUUUUCAAUACUUUUUGUAUAUUGUAGAAUAUACAACUUUGCAGCGAAGAGGCAAAUAUGAGAACUAAGGGUUUAUACAUGAAAUAAAACCGAGCAAUUACUUCA